AUGGCCUCUGCCAAAACUGUCGUCCUGAUCACUGGUGGUGAGUAUUCCAACUCAGGUAUCGGCCUGGAGCUCGCUUCACAGCUCCUCGCCGUCCCGUCCAAGCACGUCCUCCUUGGCAGCCGUUCCGUCGAGAAAGGUGAAGCCGCCGUGAAGAAUCUUCAGUCUCGAGACCUAUCUGGCACCGUAGAGCUCUUGCACCUGGACAUCGCCGAUGCUCACUCCAUCGAGGCUGCCGCACAGACCGUGACAGACAAACAUGGCCGGCUCGAUGUGCUAGUCAACAAUGCCGCAGUGGGCUGGCCAGAAGGCUCCACGGCCGAGCAAUUCUCCCAGGCCUUCCAAACCAACGCCACGGGGCCUUUCCUCCUCGUAGAAGCCUGCAUCGCCCUCCUCAAGGCGUCCACCCACACACCCCGCAUCAUCAACGUGUCCUCGGGCGGCGGGUCGAUCCGGAAGCGCCUCGACCCGACGACGAGCACGAACAAGCUGGGCAUGUGGGGGAUCCCGUACUGCGCGAGCAAGGCCUCGCUGAACCUGAUCACGGCGGCACAGUCGGCCGUCUACGGCGCCGAGGGGGUCAAGGUGUUUGCCUACACGCCUGGGUUUACGGUGUCGGGCUUGGGGCCGCAUAACAAUGCGGAGAGCGGUGCGCGGCCUACGAGCGAGGGGGCUGCGCCGAUAGUCAGGAUUCUCAACGGCGAGCGGGAUGAUGAGCAUGGUGGGUUUCUUUCUUCGGAUGGACAGUAUCCUUGGUAGUUGGUUGGACAGUACAUUUUGAUGUCAGGGACGGGUAGCAGACAGUGUACACCAUCAUUUCACCUUGGCAGAUCAGGUUGAAAUGGGUCCGUAGAAUCGUAUGAUUACUUUUUGAC